CGUCUCGAUUAUUCAGUUUGUUUAGGUCGCGUUCCUCCUCCCAGAGACGGAAAAAGGAAGAGCAUCACAAAUCCCAUAGACCAAGUGUACAGAGAAAUCGCCAUUCUUAAGAAGUUGAAUCAUCCCAACGUUGUGAAUUUAAUAGAGGUUUUAAAUGAUCCUGAUGAGGAUAAUUUAUACAUGGUGUUUGAGUUAUUAGAAAAGGGGCCGGUUGUAGAAAUCCCAACAGACAAUCCAUUACAGGAGAUGCAGGCGUGGCAAUAUUUCAGAGAUGUGGUUUUAGGUAUAGAAUAUUUACACUGUCAGAAGAUAGUACACAGAGACAUCAAGCCUUCAAAUCUUCUCCUGAAUGACAAUGGUAGAGUUCAGAUUUCGGAUUUUGGCGUGUGUAAUCAGUUCGAAGGAGUGGACGCCCUGCUCUCGGACACUGCCGGGACACCCGCCUUCGUGGCACCCGAAGCACUGAAAGAGAACCUGGACACAUACAGUGGAAAGGCUUUAGAUGUAUGGCAGAUGGGAGUGACGUUAUAUUCUUUUGUUUAUGGCCAAGUGCCUUUUCAUGACGAUAACAUAUUAAAUCUGUAUAAUAAAAUUAAAAACGAUCCGCUCAAGUUUCCCGACAAGCCUGCGGUAAGCGAUAAUCUAAAAGAUCUUCUGAAACGUAUGCUAGAAAAGGAACCCGAGAAAAGGAUUAAGUUAUCGGAGAUAAAGGUAACAUUAUUUGUUUUGCUUGCUAUAAAAUAAAUUUCUUGGAAUAAGUGAUUAAAAAUAUAUAAAAAGGCCAAAACAUUAUAUCAAAUUAUCAUUUCACUCAGUUAUCUCAA